UUUAUUAUUUGAACUUCACAAUGAGAUCAUAUAGCGUCAAUUUUGUGAAAGGUUUGUUGAUUGCUUUUAAUGUGGCAUUUAUUAUAAAUGCGUUUGUUCUUAACUUCAUAGGAACAUUUAUAUAUGCCAAUUUAUCGAACUGUACCAUAUUUUAUGAAAAGGGACUUGUAAAUUCAUCCGUACUUGUUUUUUGUUCUGGUCUGGCUGUUUUUGUGAUCUCUAUUUUAGGAUGCUGUGGAGCUACCAAAAAGAAUAUUAUAUUACUUAAUGCAUUUACAACAUUCCUAGCUUGCAUUUUGAUAAUGGAAAUAUUGGCUGGAUCUAUGGCAGCAUAUUACAACCAAAAUUUUAGAGCUAAGUUUAAAGAAAUUUUAAAGAAAUCCAUAAAAAAUCCAACCCCAGCUGAAUUUACUUGUUGGAGGCGUAUGCAAAAUCACUUUGAAUGUUGCGGAGUGGACAGUAUCGAAGAUUGGGGUGAUAAAGUACCCUACAGUUGCUAUGGCAACGUAACUGGAACCAACGAAAAAAUACUUCAUAAAUAUGGUUGUUAUCAUCAACUUGAAGAGUUUUUGGGAAACCAAGCAACCAAUAUUAUUGGUAUUACAUUUGGACUUAUUUUAAUUAAAGUUUUGGGAAUAUUCUUAUCGAGAUGUUUAGUUGUUGGGAUGAAAAAAAAUAAAUUUUUGAAUAUAUUGAUUACAGAAGAAUAAUAUUUUCUAACUACCCUAAAAACAUAUUUUUUUA